GUGGGUUCUGGAAGGAGUGCAUAGAGUUUGUGUGUCAAAACGGUGGAGAAUACAGCUGUAAGUACGCUGUUUCAUAAUAACAAGUUUGAGCUACCGAGUGGUGUUGUCGGUGGAGCAAAGAAUAAAGAGCAGCGGUGUUUGCAAAAGCUGUACGGAGACCAGGGAUCGAUAGGGCUGCAUUAUUCAGUAUAACCAGGACAGACUUCGGAGUCCAUAACCCACGGGACCUUUGUGGAGGGACGGAUACAAAUAUAUAGCGAGCAAAGCUUUGUUUGGUGUGGCGGUGGAGCUGCAACGUGUCUGCAGUUUGUGCUGGUGAGCUGGUAUGUGCGUCAUGCAAAGACCCUGUCGUGAGCCGCAUACUGACGGGAUUCAAUAUUGUGUAUUGUUGGGAAAGAAAGGCAGCGUUCUGGGUGGCACCUGUUUUAAAAGAGAAAAAAAACUAAACAAAAACAAGGAAGCCACAAGAAUACUAGGGCUGUGGUCGUGUUGUGCAUACUUAGCUGCUGUGUGCAGCAUUUCUGUUUAUGACAAACGGGACUCUAUUUCAGAGCGUUUAGUGUGUGCACGCACUGAGGAUAUAAACGCUAGUUAUUUAUGGACGGGUCUUUUUUAUUGUUUGUUUAAGCAACAGCCUAAUUCCUGGGGCUGUGUUACUGUAAUGAAGGCUGGUUGCACCAACGAAAUUAAAAGAAACGCCGUUUGUAUCUUACGGUCGAGGUGACUGAAAUGGCUGUAAUCGUCUGGGGUUUGUGAAUUAGAGGCUCAGACACGUUUGUUUUGUACAUUUUAAAUUAACGUUUGUUUAAAUGGACUGUGUGCGUGGGAACGAACAAGCAAACCAUAUGGACUGUGAAAGUUUGUUUUAUUUCGAAUCAGCCAGGAACCUACCUAGCAGUAGGCUGCGCAUUCCAGUGUUCCCCAGCGUUCUGGUUAAGAAGGAGAAACCAACCUUGUAUUACGUACCUGUUUACCUGGACAAGGACCACAAAAACGUUCAUGCAACACCCUUGUGGAUUGUACUAAACAAAGAACAUGGGACACUUACCUGGUUUGCUCUAAGUGAUGCAAGGCCAGAUUAACCCUUGGCCAGCAGGCACUGGAUAAAAAAAACCUAGACUGAUUAUACCAUUGCUGGAAGCAAUACCAGCUGUUACUUGCCAGGAGGUCAGCUCGGGCACGGUACUAGAGAGGGGCGAAGAAAGGGAGCACCCCCUCCCCCCCUCCUUGAAGGAAGCAUAUAAAGCUCAGUACAUUUCUUCAGACUCAGAAGUACUGUCCACACAGCACUGCAUGCUUCCACCAGCAGCUUCUCCUGAGGAUCUCUCUGAGAGGUGCCUUUAUCCAACGCAACUUACAAGUGUUUCAGGACAGUACAGGGUUACAAUGCAAGGUAUUUUCAAGAAGCAGCUAUGGAGAAAGAAAACUCAUCCUACACUACAAUGUUUACCCUUUCUGGAUUAAAUGAAUCAAGCACAAAUAAAUAUAUCUAUUUUUCUUUCACUCUCCUAGGUUAUCUCUUUAUCAUUUGUGUUAAUUUAACUCUAAUUGUAAUAAUAGCUCUUGAAAAGACACUUCAUGAGCCCAUGUAUUUCUUCCUCUGUAAUCUGAGUGCUAAUGCACUGUAUGGUACUGCUGGUUUCUAUCCUAAACUACUGUUUGAUUUUCUGUCUGAUACGCAUGUCAUCUCAUAUUCUGGGUGCCUGCUACAAAUGUUUAUCAUCUACAGUUUUUCCACGUGUGAAUUAUCAAAUUUAACAGUGAUGGCAUAUGAUAGGUAUGUGGCAAUAUGCAGGCCCCUGGAGUACCAUGCUAUCAUGUCUCCUUUGACGACUGGUAAAUUAAUACUGUUUUCUUGGAUUUUUCCAUUCUGUUGUUUGUGUGUUGGUACUCUAUUGACUUUCAGGUUGCCCUUAUGUGGCUCCCACAUUGAAAAACUAUAUUGUGAUAACUGGUCAAUUGUGAAAUUAUCUUGUGUAGGGACUACUGUUAACAAUGUAUAUGGAUAUGUUAUAAUAUGUAUAUUUUUUGCACAUUUCCUUUUUAUUUUAUUUUCCUAUAUGAAAAUAUUCAGAGUGUGCCGGGCAUCUAGUAUAGCAAUGAGUAAAUGUUUGCAGACCUGUCUGCCACAUUUGUUGUCGGUGAUCAAUUACUCAAUUGCCUUGCUUUUUGAUUUAAUGUACAGUAGAUACGGUUCAUAUGAUAUGCCGCAGGUUUUACACAAUCUCCUGUCCGUGGAAUUUCUGAUCGUCCCCCCUAUUUUCAAUCCUGUCAUUUAUGGUUUAAACCUUCAAAAGAUCCGGAACAAAGUCACAAGAAUGUGCAGCAGAAACAAAGUAAUUCACACUUAAUAGAUUCCAGAUGUAGUUGCUGCUAUUGUCUUGCAUUUGUAAGAAAUCAAAACUUUUUAAAUUGUAUAUUGUCUUCUACAAUUAAUAAUAGAGCGUGUUAAAUAUUUUUCGUGAAAGACACACUUGAUUGCAAUACAAAACGGAUAGAAAGUGGAUUAUUUUUAGUAAGAAUACGUGCUUAUACAUACAGGAUUAUUUCAUUUGUAAUUGACUCAAGAAAUUAACAGAAUCAGGUGAGUUAAAUGGACCUGAUGCACUUUUUCAACCUCAUUGUAAAUCUCUUUUAAACCUCUAUUUUGGUAAUAAAAGCUGAAAUGCUUAUAUAUUAAGGGUCACCCAUUUCUGAGGGUAGCUUCACGUUGUAUAUAGAAAAAUGUAUCAUCAAACAAGCCAAAUGUACUUGUGGCAUCUGCCACCCAAUAUGAAGCAAGAAACGCUUCAUUUGUCUUUUGCUUAAUUGCAAGGCAGUAUGCCUGGCCAGGCUAGCUAGCUCAUUAGCUUUCUUUAUCCCCUCUGCCUUGUUCUAUGACACCAAAAAUAAAUAAAUAAGUGUUUUUUUAUUAAUUAUAUAACAUUACAGUUUUCGUUUUUAUUAUAAUAUAUAAAAUAAACAUGUUGGGUAUUGUCUAUUGUAUUGCCUUGGGUGGUUCCCGUACUUCCUCUAGUUUUGCUUUUUUAACGUUUUUGUGCAUUUUGACCCUACCGGCUUGUUGUAGUUGAAAGCUGUCUCGCUUCCUGGUAGCCGGGAAGUUUAAAAAGGGAGUGAAAAAACACUGGAGAAGGGCUAUCUUUUGUUUGGAAUUACUCUCGUUACUUGCCGGUUUUUUCGGACUUAACAACAGUUUUACUAACACAUGUAACUUAAAAAACAGUAAUUACAGUGGAAAGGAUUAUAUUUAGACGUACACAUAGUACAGUAUACAGACACAUACUGUAAACUAAGAAAACAUUUAAGAACUGUUGCAGCUGCAUCCACACGAAAAGAAAAAAAAAACUGCACUAUGCUUUUUAAACUAACACAAUCGACACAAUUAAAUGCAUAAAACAUCAGCUUUACAAGUCACAUGAAUACAGUUUGCUUAAAAAUCGUUAUAUAAUUAUUUUUACGACUGAACUGUGGUCAAACACAGUCAGAAAUCCUGAAUCUGUUGAAACGAAACCGCGUGUGUAAUCCAUUUAAAAGAUGCACGUGAGAAGGGAUUGGGGGGUGGGGGGCGACUUUGGGGCCGUAUCUUUCAUUGAAAUAUUUAUUUUUGGUAAUCAAAUAUAUAUAAAAUAACGCUGUAACUGUAAAUAUCGCAUUGUUAUUCAUGGAGAAUCCCCCCAAAAAGCAGACAUUUUAGUAUAAUUCGAGCUUACCAGCUUCUCAGCCGUAAUGCUGUUUGUUUACUUAUAACCUCGUGGACAUGCAGGCAAUACUGAUACACACAAAGAAUUUGAAAAAAAUUACCGUCUUCUCGGGCUGUACAAAAAUGUUCUGUAAUCACAAUUUUUUUUUACAACGCUGUCGUAGCUGAACAGAAGCCAACAAAAAAAAAUCCACUACUCGUUUUACUGA